AUGACCAAGCACUUCAUCGCACCAUUGCCCCCAACCCGACCUAAAGUUUACGAUGUCGAUGCUCUCAACUUCAAGAAAGUCGUGCAUGCGCUCACGAGCACCCCCGAAUUUCUAUACUCAUCAUCAUCUAAUCAUACGCAUCGCCGUCAUCUAAAAGACAUUGCUCCGCCACCUCUUGUACUUUCCACAUUACCAAAACAAUCUUUAUUUCCCACACAGCCACCUGUAGUAGAAUUUAGUACUACUACUGAAGAAGAAAAGUCAAACCAUGACCCACUACUACCGGAAUUUUACAGCUGCUUGAAGAAUGAAACAUUAUUGGGAUCGGAUACCACGUUUGGUUCAAAGUCAUCACUAGUACAUGAUGAUGAUGAGAAUGAGAUGGAUUAUUUGGGCUCAUCGGUUGGGUUCAGCUAUGAUGACCCAUACUCUCAUCCCACGAUGAGUAGUCCAUUGCGGUUCAGUAUGUCGCCUAACUCACUCUCGUGGUGUUAUUCGGGUCUUCUCAGCCCAGGAACACUUUCUGCGGUCCUUUAA